AUGAAACAGCUCAAUAAUAAUAAUAAUACUGAGAAGAUAUCAUUCUCCUCAACAAAAAUGUAUACAAUACGCUUCUGGAAUGGUGAGGAACUCAAACUGGAACCAUCAUCUUCAGAGAAAUUAGAAGAUGUUGUACGAUCGCAUUUAUCCGAUUACACUAUUCCAAUACAAUGUACUGAUUUGAGCAGUGCAAAAUUUAUUCCAUGGGAAACACCUACAACACAAUUAUCAUCGAAAACAUUGUUGAUCAAAAGUCAUAUCUAUCGUUCAUUAGUACAGACUGAUUUGAAUGAUUCCACAGUUGAACGACAGUCAUCAAUGACCACCGAUUCUUCAUUAACAAAUAAUAAUCUUGAAAUUAUUUAUCAAUCAAUCACGAACAAUUUCAAACCAUUUAUUGAGAUUAGAGACAAGAAUGUAGAUGAUACAAAACCACCGAUUAGAAAAAGAAAUCGUAAAAUUUCUAAAGCUAUAUUUGAAAUUCAUCGUAACAAAUUGAGUUCCACUUUUAAUUAUCCUACUAAUAAUAAUAUGAAAAAAAUGGAUAGACGAUCAGCUCCUCCAUUAGAUACCACAUCGCAUGCAUUGAAAAAUUGGUUUGAUUUCUAUAAGAAAAGUCAUUGCCUAAAUCCAUCUUUUCUAUCUGAUCACAUAAUCAGCGAAUGUCUACGUGAAUUAAAUCCAAAUCUAUUAGGAAAAUUAUUACCAAAACAAUUGAAAAUAUUCGAUGAAACUAUAACUCCUAUAACUCCUAUUACUACUACGACUACAUCGUUGAACACAUUGAUAACACGUGAAGAGACAACUUUGCAUAAAUCCAAUUCUCCUUUAUUGGUUGAAAAUAAUCAACAAUUCAGUAGUCAAGAUUUAGCUAAUUUAUUUUUUAUUGAAGAAUCAUGGGAACAAAUUGUGAAAACAUCUUCAAAAAUGACAAGACAAGAACAAAAGAAACAAUCAGCUAUAUGGGAAUUUAUUUAUACUGAAGCAAAAUAUUUAAAAUAUUUACGUACAAUUAUAGAUGUGAGUUGUACAAAUGAAAUUCAUUCAAUUGUGUUUAUACAUUUAAUUUUUAAUGAAUAA